CCCCCCAUCCAGGACUCGGCGCUCGGCUAGGCGGCGGAUCGACGUGCUCGGCGCUCGCGGCGUGCGGAAGUGCGGCCCUACGGCAGACUGCUGCGGCCCGGAGCGGGUUGGCCCGGACCUGACGCCGCCUGCAAGCUGCAGGACAGAGGGCUGGAGAUGGCAGAUCCCAGGAGCUAGCAGCCAGCCCAGCCGAAUGGUGUCUCCACCUGGAGUGCAGGAGAGAGAGACUGAAAACCAAAAAGGUUGCUUUUAUAACUGGAACAGGAGUUUGCUGCUCAAAGUACAAUGUCUCGAUCCCGGCAGCCCCCACUUGUGACAGGCAUCUCUCCAAAUGAAGGGAUUCCUUGGACCAAAGUCACAAUUAGAGGGGAGAAUCUGGGUACUGGUCCCACUGACCUUAUAGGCUUGACAAUUUGUGGACAUAAUUGCCUCCUCACGGCAGAAUGGAUGUCUGCAAGUAAAAUUGUCUGUCGAGUGGGACAAGCCAAAAAUGACAAAGGAGACAUUAUUGUCACAACCAAGUCAGGGGGCAGAGGAACCUCAACUGUCUCUUUUAAGCUACUCAAACCUGAAAAAAUAGGCAUUUUGGAUCAGUCUGCAGUGUGGGUGGAUGAGAUGAAUUAUUAUGAUAUGCGGACUGACAGGAAUAAGGGGAUUCCCCCCUUGUCACUUCGUCCUGCGAAUCCUCUCGGCAUUGAAAUUGAGAACCCUGGACCUGGAGUUUUAGAGCAAAAGUGCCAGGACCUGCAACCAGCAGGUAACCUCAGCUACCAACACCAGUGUAAACUUCCUCAGAAGAACUUAGAAGUGUUAUUCCAUGGCAUGAGUGCUGAUUUUACGAGUGAGAAUUUUUCAGCAGCCUGGUAUCUCAUAGAGAACCACUCCAACACCAGUUUUGAGCAGCUCAAGAUGGCAGUUACCAACCUCAAAAGGCAGGCCAACAAGAAGAGCGAGGGUAGUCUAGCGUAUGUGAAGGGCGGCCUCAGUACCUUCUUUGAAGCUCAAGAUGCUCUCUCAGCUAUCCAUCAAAAACUAGAAGCAGACGGAACAGAAAAAGUAGAAGGAUCCAUGACACAGAAAUUGGAGAAUGUCCUCAACAGAGCAAGUAAUACUGCUGACACAUUGUUUCAAGAAGUGUUAGGUCGGAAAGACAAGGCAGAUUCCACUAGGAAUGCACUCAACGUGCUUCAGCGGUUUAAAUUUCUCUUCAACCUUCCUCUCAAUAUCAAACGGAACAUUCAAAAGGGGGAUUAUGAUGUGGUUAUUAAUGAUUAUGAAAAAGCCAAAUCGCUCUUUGGGAAAACGGAGGUGCAAGUUUUCAAGAAAUAUUAUGCUGAAGUAGAGGCAGGAAUUGAAGAUCUAAGAGAGUUACUUCUAAAGAAACUGCUCGAGACUCCGUCAACCUUACAUGACCAGAAGCGUUACAUAAGGUAUCUUUCUGACCUCCAUGCUCCUGGUGACCCUGCUUGGCAGUGUAUCGGAGCUCAGCACAAGUGGACCCUCAAACUCAUGCAAGACUGCAAAGAAGGCCACGUGAAGAGCCUGAAAGGUAACCCAGGCCCACACAGCCCCAUGCUUGACCUAGAUAAUGAUGCCCGCCCCUCUGUGUUGGGCCAUCUCAGUCAGACAGCAUCACUGAAGAGAGGCAGCAGCUUCCAGUCUGGUCGAGAUGACACAUGGAGGUACAAGACGCCCCACAGAGUGGCAUUUGUUGAAAAAUUAACGAAGCUUGUGUUAAGUCAGCUGCCUAACUUCUGGAAACUCUGGAUUUCAUAUGUUAAUGGAAGUCUGUUCAGUGAGACAGCUGAGAAGUCAGGCCAGAUUGAAAGAUCAAAGAAUGUGAGGCAAAGACAAAAUGAUUUCAAGAAAAUGAUUCAAGAAGUAAUGCACUCCCUGGUGAAGUUGAUCCGGGGAGCCCUGCUCCCAUUCAGCCUCCGAGAAGGGGAUGGGAGACAGUAUGGCGGCUGGGAGGUGCAGGCAGAGCUCUCGGGGCAGUGGCUCGCACACGUUAUCCAGACCAUAAGGCUGACAUAUGAAUCACUGACCGCUCUGGAGAUUCCCAAUGACAUGUUACAGAUUAUCCAGGACCUGAUUUUGGAUCUCCGUAUACGUUGCAUAAUGGUGACGUUGCAACAUACAGCUGAAGAGAUAAAGAGAUUAGCUGAAAAAGAAGAUUGGAUUGUUGAUAACGAAGGACUGACUUCCCUACCAUGUCAGUUUGAACAGAGCAUUGUUCACUCCCUGCAGUCGUUGAAGGGUGUUGUGGAUUGCAAACCUGGAGAAGCCAGUGUCUUUCAGCAGCCUAAAACCCAGGAGGAGGUUUGCCAGUUGUGCAUCAGUAUCAUGCAGGUUUUUAUAUACUGCCUGGAACAACUGAGCACCAAGCCUGAUGCGGACAUAGAUACUACUCAUCUUUCUGUUGAUGUUUCUUCUCCUGAUUUGUUUGGAAGCAUCCAUGAAGACUUCGGUUUGACUUCAGAGCAGAGGCUUUUGAUAGUCCUGAGUAAUUGCUGCUAUUUAGAACGUCACACCUUCCUAAACAUAGCAGAACAUUUUGAAAAGCACAACUUCCAGGGAAUAGAAAAAAUAACACAGGUUAGUAUGGCAUCACUGAAAGAACUGGAUCAACGACUCUUUGAAAAUUACAUUGAGCUAAAAGCAGAUCCUAUUGUUGGAUCCUUGGAAACUGGGAUAUAUGCAGGCUAUUUUGAUUGGAAAGACUGUCUGCCUCCAGCAGUUUGCACAGCACCAUCUGAUACUAUGAGAGUUAGUCUUCAGGGAGCAGGAUUCCAGGUCAGUGAAAUGUGAGUAUCUUGCCAAUAAACAGAAUUUUACCUUCACGUUUUAGAAUAACCAAGGGUUACAGCAACAACCUAUAUUGUUUGAGUAGUCUCUUUGAUUCCUCUGACGAACAAUUCUCGAGGGAGGAUCCCCAUGCCUGUCACUGGGGGUUUUGUUGGAUUGUCUAUGGCUUGUGGGGGAUCAUUAUCAUCCCAAGUGGCAUAGAUUCAGAGAAAGAGAGAGAGAAAAACAGAGACAGACACACACACACACACACACACACACACACACACACACACACAUGGGUACAUAAAUACAUAGAUGUGUGUUUACACAUAUACAUUAUGUAUCUAUUUCUAAAUAAAACAAUAUGAUUCCCUAUUAUUUUUAAAACACCCACUGUUCAUCUGUCCUCUCUCUCCCUGUAUUGCCUCUCUCCCAUCUCCCCAGUUAAAGCCCCCCAUUUCUCCCAUUUCCUUCUUUGUAGUAACAGUUAUCCUCCUUAGAACUCUCUUUCCCUAUGGUCUCUUUUGAGGAUAAUUAAUUAAGAAUGGAGCUUUCAUUGCACAUUUUCUUUUUUUUUAAAUAUAAGAUAUGAUUAUUGGUUCCUGUCACUUCCCUUUCAAAAUACUUUGAAGGACUUUUUUAUCCUUUCUGUCUUCUCUGCCCUUUCUGUACAGUCCACCUGGUAUCUGGGACCCUGUGGGUCUCACAGGAUUCUGAAGCUUUUCUCAGCGUCUGCUUCCUGAGAGACCUGAGGUCUAUAUAAAUCUUCAUUGGGAGCAGGGAGCGCUAGUAAACUGUCAGUUGCAUAUCAGUGUAUGGCAUGCACUUGGAUAAAGAGACCCAGAGACUUGGUCCUCUUAGUGAAAGUGAGCAGCUAACAGGAGGUUUUAAGAGUGUUAAACCAUGAAGCAGUCCCUAGUCAAGUUAGAAUUGCCCUCACUGACUGGGUCCCCAUCAUGGAGCUGUCCCUACUCAGCUUAGAAUUGUUCUUGCUAUCUGUGUGUUCCAUGGAGUUGUUUCUCCUCAAGUUAAAAUGGCUCUCGCUGUUUGUGUCCUCCAGCACCACAGAUAAAGGUGCUUAGUAAGUCCUUAAUGAAGUAACCACUGCUAGUGUUCUUCUGCUCUCUCCAACUAAGCAGCAAAAGCCAUCCCCCCACACAGCACAGUAGUUGGCCAUCGUGAUUCACAUUCAUUCCAAAUACUAGGGUGUUGACUUCUGUACCUUUGAAAAUAAGAUCUUGAGCAUUUCCUAAGAAUCCAUAAAGGAGAAAGUGAAAGGUCUUGGGUGGACAGGAAGGCCCUGGACACCCCUCCUUUUGUAGGUGAAACGUGCUUGACAAACCUGGAAUUUCCCUUUCUUGGCUUCUCAAAAAAUACCAUUAUCAGCAAGCUAAUUAAUUAGUGUGCCAGUAGGACAGGAAGUGGUUUAGCCUGACAACCUGAGUUCAGUCCCCCAGGCCCAAGUGGCAGAGGGAGAAAGCCAUUUCUACAAGUUGUCCUUUGAUCUCCACAUUCUCAUGACCACACACCAAAGUAAAUAAAUGAAUAAAAUGCUUUUUACAGUUUGUCUGAAUACUACAUUGUAUAAGCAGUGAAGGGGGGUGGGGGGAGAAGGAAGAAAAAUACACUUGAAAUAAAAACCUCAGCAAGUAGCUAUGUUUUAAGUAUUUGGAAAAAAUGAAGCAUUUUGUGUCUAUCAGAGAAGUUAAAUAAUGUUAGUAAAGCCUGUAUUGUACAGGGUACUCAGGAUAUGCCUUUUUUUUUAAUCAAUUGACUUCAAUUUUCUGACAAUACCGAGCACUAAUAGUCAGAAUGUUUGAGUGACAACCACAGUAAAUUCAUAAAUAUGAUAUACUUGAAAACCCAUUCUUGGUUUUGAAAUUGCUGUCACUUUUGGUUACAAAUGCUAUGACAGCCUAUGAUUAUGAUGACAAGGACUCUUAGGAAUUUUCUGUAAAAUGCAUAUCACGUUAGCAAGUUUAUGUGUUAAAGAACUUUAAUAAUAGGUUUUAUAAAAUUACAGAAACUGUCUUCUUGGACUUAAAAUAUGAUGGAGAUGAAAAAUGUAAUAUCUGGUACUCUGUUGUUAGGUAGUAUAAAGAAAAGUGAUUUGCAUUCUUAGACUUUAUUUCUCUUUAUUGUUUGGUGCUAUGUCUUGUGUUUUUGUAUUUGCUGGGAAAUGGGUCUACUAAAAGAAGAAGGUCUGGCAAUUCCCGUUCUGUUUUCAUUAGAGGUAGUGCUGCUUGUAUGUAUGAGAGCCCACAUGGACCAGCCCUGAACAUAAACGGUUGAACAAGGGUGUGCUUCGGGUGAGCCUGUAGCCCCGCUGUCCAGCUGCUCACUGGACAACUGGCCACACAUACUUCAGAAUAGUAUGUGCAAUGACCAUGCAUGCAUGCAUGUGCAUAAUGACCACACACUACCAGGUCAGUGUGUGUGUGUGUGUGUGUGUGUGUGUGUGUGUGUGUGUGUGUGUGUGUGUGCGCGUGCGCGCACACACACACAUACACGUGCAGUAAUUGUGCCCCUCAGAUGAGCAUGUGGGUGUGCAGUGAUCACCCACUAUAGAUUAUCACGUGCAUAUGUAUUCAUAUGUUUGAAUGUGUGUGUUCACAGAGACAGGUAUCAAGAAACUUUCACCCUUGUAGAUAGGCAAGGGCUGCUACAGUCUACUGGAAACCCUGUUUCCCAUCCUUAUCCUGCCAGUGCAUAUGGAACUGUUUGUUUGUGUGCAUGUGAACAACUACAAAAUCAAAUGGUAUACAAAGGGAUUAUAUGGUUCAUUAUGUAGUAGUUAUAUUUCAUCUUGAGAUAGAAGAAAAACUCCUUUGAAAGAUCUCGACAGGGAUAAGUUUUUAGUGAGAGGUAAAGGUACCUCUUUCAAAUAUACCUGCAUUUAUUUCUAAGUGUGACAGUUUCUCAGUUAUUAAAGCCACUUAAUCUAGUCAGCAAAAUAAAGUGGACUUGGAACUAGAGCUCAGAUUAUUUAAACAUUAACUCCAGCAUAUUUCUCAUACUGUGUAAGUAGGAAACCAUCUAUUGUGUUGCUGUGUGGUUUCAAUUCUCUCAUCAGAUGAAUGGCCCGUGCAAAAACAUAGGACUUUAGAGACAGGUUCUUCUACCUGGAUUUCUUACCGUGGAAAUGGGACUUGAAUAAUUCAUAGCUAUUGACUUUUUACAUGACUACAACUUUGUAAUUUCCAUAUUGCUCCUUUGAUUUAAUGACUGAAAUCACAAGAGUGGGCUACCCCUUCUUAUCAAAGGUUAGUGUAUGGGGCUAGGUGUUGAGGAUGAGAGUCACUAGUUCUUUCUCUGCCUCACAGUUUAUUCCAGUGCUAGAGCAGCCUCGCCACUACUCACUGCUGUCCUAGGUCCAAGAGCAGCUCUGUACCUUCUGUGUUCAGGUGCCAGGCCAUGGACUUGCUCCUCACGGCUGACAUUUUUCCAAUUUUAUUGAAAUAAUCUUUUCUUUAAACUGGUCUUCUUGAGAUUUUAAAAAUUGAACAGUACCUAUUUAUGUAUUAUUAUGUCCAGAGUGAUAGUUCACAGUGUGAAUAAAAACGCUCAUUUGCAUGUAGAGAAUGAAUCUUAUUUUGUUGUUACUUUCACUUUUCCAAUUGAGACUGCUUUCUAAUGAAAGACUUGGUGAGGGGGUGAGGAGUGUGUGUAGUGUGUGUGUGUGUGUGUGUGUGUGUGUGUGUGUGUGUAGUUAGUUGAAACAAGGGAGUUUUAAUUUGUUCAUUUCAUGUUAAUUCUGUCUCCUUUAAAGUCUGAAAUUCAAGAUAUUAGGUUUAUGAAGUAUUGGAUGACUUGUGUGCUAAUUCUACAGAGUAUUUUGUAACAUGCUCUGUUAAUGUGAUUCAUGGUCCCUUUAACACAUCAAGUAAACUUCCGACAAGAGGGUGAGGGCUUCUGCUCCCCUUGUCUGUUUCUAAAUCUUGAAAACUGUCUAAACAGCUUUUAAUAAUAAGGCAGUUUAUUGAGUGAGGUUAAGCUCCACUGAAUUUUAUUUAUAUGUAUAUAGAAGUAAAUUAUGGACUCGUUAGCAUUUUCAUUGUGGGUAAUACUUUGUUUUCUAAAGGGUAGACUUUUCUUAUGAAAUCUAUCAUAGUGAUCAGUAGGACCACAUUUUGAUGCAAGGAAAAAUCCUGGUAUAUAAAACAACACUAUAGAGGUAGAAGUUAUUCACACACUCACAGUAGGGCCACCUUGCCCUUGAGUACACAUUUAAAACACCUUCAAAUAAGGCAGUAUGGGAAUGUGCACUAAAACGGGAAGACCUGUACUUCCAACGGAAACUUGCUUUCUCCAUCCCAACAAAAGCUAAUUGUGUUAUGUGAUGUUUAGGUUCCCGUGUCUGUUAUGCCAAUAUUGAUGAAGUUUCUGACCACCUUUUUUUUUUUUUUUAAAACAACCGGCAGUAUCUUUAUGUGUCUUUAGAGUGUAGUCGAAUAGAUAAUUUACUUGAAAAAAACACCGCAGGUUUCUUUCAUGUAAUGUUUCACUUUGACAAUUUUAAAAAGUACAUUGUGGGAUAUUUAUAGUAUUUUCGAUCUAUUUUUGUCACUAGACUAGGAGUACUAAGUGAUUUAAGGCACAGGGGUUAAAAACAGGAAAUGUGGUGUAUAAAGUAGGUUGUCUCCAGACUUUCCAAUUUGAUUUCUUGAAGUAUUACCGGGGAGUACCACGUUUGAAAACAACACUAGCAGAGAACCUUGAGUGAGUUGUCUGCAGAGAAAUGUCCGUUAUGCCAGGACGUGUUUCAGGGAAAGGGGGAUCUGCAUUCUUGGUAUAGGUUCACAUGGUACAGCAUGCUUUCUGUAACUCCUUUUGAGACUUCAAAAGGCGGAGGAGUGAAAGGUUUGCUUGCCUUUGGCUUGUCUUCUUUCACCUUUAAAUUUUACUCAAAGUUCUACUUGACUUUUUUUUAAUGAAAAGUUUUGUCAAAUUACUGUUUAAGAGUUUUCAAUGAACCAUUGAGUUGGGUUGAUGUUUUCAAUGAACCACGUCAUGUUGUAGAACCAGACAGCCCAUGUUUAAAAGCAUGGAGAACCAAGACCUCUGUUUCCUGUGGCCUUUUUGAUGGCACCUUGGCAGAAUCUACCAAGACUGAAAACCUUUGAACUCAGCAGUUCCACCUCUGGAUUAUCCUCUUAAAGUACGUUAGCUGUAGUCCCAGCCCUCAGGAUGCUAAGGCGGAUGAUUGCUGCAAGCUCAGGGCCCCUGAUCGUAUAUGUACUGUGAGCCCAAGUCUAUGACAUUCUGGGAAGGGCAGGAUGAGGGUGGGGAGCUAUCUGCUUCAAGGUUAAUGGAGAAGGAGACAUGAAUGAGAGGCAGCAGUGAUGUUUCAGGCAGGAAGACUGUCCACAUCACUGGGAAGUGGUGAGUAUAUUCCACUAAACCAACAGAAUGUGCGUCUCCAGCAGUGGCCCUAUUGGAGACAUGGCCAUCAGUGUAUCAACUGUACCCCGCUAUGUGGGUGGAGAGCAGGCAGUGGGAAAGCUAUACCCGCCUGGGAAGGAAUCUGUCCUGAGGAGGAGCACGAUUGCAUGGGAGCCUGUGUUUUCUACUUGACAUUGCUAAAGACCCAGCUCUGCUCUGAAAAGCAGGCCGGUUUGUUUGGUUUGCUUUGUUUCUUAAAGAAUGUCACAUAAUUAAGUUUUAAGAAGAGAAUUAUAGUGUAAUCACUUUUUAAAAAAUAUAUUCCUAGAAGAAAGUCUGAAUCUACCAGAUUGUCAGGUAUCAUUUCAGGAAAGGAGUGAAGACAACAUUCAUUGAAUUUUUAGCUGUGACUAAAUGAACCCAUAUUUGUUUUCUUUUUUAUUUCUUUUCAGCAGACUUUUAAUUUUCAAAUUUUCAAAAUUAAAAAAAAGAAGAGAGGCCUAAUGGGUUUAGUAUGGGGGUGGAGGGGACGACGACACAUUAUCACAUUGUUACCAGGAAGCAUUCUCAUGAAACGGACACAUUAACACCAAUGUUCAUCCAACAAGGGAUGGGGUCAUUGUCACAAUGGCACCAUUCUCAUACACUGCAGCCUUGCCUUUGCCAAUCCAGGCUUUACUGUUUGCCUGAUUAAUUUUAUACCAUACAGCUAUUUGCUUGUUUAAGAAUGGUUAACUUUGCCAUUUUUUCUCGUACAGAUAGUCAGGCCAUUAAACCUGGGCGUUGCUUGUAUCAGCUCUAAAUUCUGUGGAGAAGGUCUCUGUUUUCCUCAGGCCCUGAAAUGGCGCCUAGGCUCUUCCUGGGUAUUUUAUUAAUAGUGUGCCCAUCCCCAAACUUGUAUGACUUUCCUGCUCAAAAGAGAAGAACCUGACAAAACGACCAAGAAGCCUCUUUUUUUAACUUAAUGUGUACAAACACUGUUUUCCUUGUGGGGAGUCAGGUCACACAGGCUCACUAGCCGGAAGCCCACCGUACUAGCAGCAGCCUACAGGACCUCGGUCAGAGGAGGCGAGCUCUGUGUUCUCCUGGGGGAAUUUCCAGACUAGGCUUCUAGAUUAAUUGCUGUGUGAUUGUCUAGGUUCAUAUCACACUGUGUGGGUGGGGACACUUUGCUGGUCAAGUAUCAUGACACAUUCUAAUUUCAUUUUCAGAGCAGAGAAGGCUGGCACUCUGAAUGCUCAGAAACUGCUUCUCAUUCCCUCACCUAAGUAACGUGGAAAGUUGUGGGGGUUUAUCUAAGUAGGGCUCUUAAAAACAACACUCACGACUAUAUCAUACUGACCUGACACUUCCCUGCAGCUCCAAGAAGCAAGUGAGUUUUCCUCUGAAUUACCCUCCCCUCCAUACCACGCAGGUCUGCACUGUACAGUUAGCACUUAAUGGCUACCGCCAUUGGAGAGAAACUAAAGCCCAGGUUUUCUAGCACACAGGCUGUCCCUACUGUGUUCUCUACACAGUAUCUAGCACACUGUGGGCACUGAGCAAAACAGUGCUGACUGGGACAAGCUGUCACCAGAAGAACAAAGUUUGUGUGGAAAGCUUCAGCGACAUUAUCCUGUCCUACUUUCUUUAACUGUAUUUUUAAAUAGAUCCUGCUGCUUAAUAUCAAAAACACUGUCCUUGCUUUCCUAUGUCUCAAGAAAAGUAAGACGUGCCCUGCCAGAGAACAUCUCAUAAUAGGCGUGCAUGUUUCUAGCCUACUGAAAGGUGAUCUUAUAAAUUGGACACAUGGUUCAGUUUUCCUCUGACUACUUAUUCACCGUUCAUUUAGCAGUUAGUUCAUGUAGAUGGUUCAGCUCUAAAGAAUCUAGUGGUCAAACCAAGCAUGGCCAUCUCCCAAGGCCAUGCUAAUAUGUGAUACUCUGCUAUUCUUUUUAGCCAAAUGAAUUCCACUAGAGCACUACCCUCACACUUGCUGCAAACCUGUAUAGCAGCAGUUUUGUCAGGCAAAGCCCCUGUAUGACCCCAGCA